UCACCUUCUGCAUCUUAUUCAGAAACGUGUCAGCUUUACUCCUGUGAAAGGGAAAAAUGCUUUCUAAGAUGAUUCCAGAUACGAAGUGUGAAUAUGUUUUUGAGAAAUAAAUAGAGCAUCUUAACUUAGAUUGUACACUUGAAGUAAUCUUUAAGACUUAGGCAAACAGGAUAUAACAACAUCCCUUCAAAGGGUAUAAAGAAGCCUUCCGCACACAACUCUGGACAUUUCAUCCUCUGGAUUAUUCUCACAUGCAGAACCAAACCAAAAAAGACAUUAUGAUGACUGAUCCAAACAGCUCUCUUAAUAUUGAUAACUUCAGUGAAUUCUAUGACGAGUUCAACUACACAGAUCUCCUGAACAUGACUGAUUUUGUCGUGGAUGAGAAGACGUUGCUUUGCUCCUCCAUCACUAUGGUGAAAGCCGUCAACAUUGCAUUCUGCGUCUUCUAUGUGCUCAUCUUUCUGAUGGCUGUUCCUGGGAAUCUGAUCGUAGGCUGGGUCAUCGCCUCCAACAAACACUCGCUUUCCACCUCGGACGUCUACUUGUUCAACCUGAUGCUGGCCGACACUUUACUGGCUCUGAUUCUGCCAUUUUCAGCGGUUUCUGUGAUCCACGGUUGGGUGUUUGGUGAUAUUGCAUGCAAAUUGGUUAGCCUGGUGAAGGAAGUGAACUUCUACACCAGCAUUUUGUUCCUGGUGUGCAUCAGCGUGGAUCGCUACAUGGUUAUUGUCAGAGCUAUGGAGUCCCGGAAGGCUCGGAGAAGAUUGUGCAGUGGAGUCGCCUGCGCAUUGGUGUGGUUCUUGGGCUUGGUGCUCUCCUUGCCAUCAUUCUACAACGAGGCAUUUUAUGAGUCAGUUUCCGGGCAGACCGUGUGUGCUGAACACUUUGAGACGAAUCACGCCGACAUAUGGCGACUGGCCACGCGUAUCACGAGGCAUCUGCUCGGGUUCCUCUUCCCUCUGGUGGUCAUGUUGAUCUGCUACAGCAUCACAGUGGAGCGGCUCUUGCGUACACGCGGUUUCCAGAAACAGAGAGCCAUGAAGGUCAUCAUAGCUGUGGUUGUGGCCUUUCUUCUGUGCUGGACCCCCUUCCAUGUUUCCACGAUAGCUGACACCCUCCUGAGAGCCAAAGUGGUUCGGUUCAGCUGUUUCACACGGAUGGUGGUGGACGUCGCCAUGUACGCAACUCAAAACCUUGGCCUUUUGCACUGCUGUGUGAACCCGGUAUUGUACGCCUUUGUGGGAGAGAAGUUCAGAAGAAGAUUUCUGCAGAUGCUCCAUAGAAAAGGAGUUAUGGAGCGGUUCUCUGUCUCCAGAUCUAGUAGGUCUUCUUCUUUGACCUCAGAAGCCCCUUCCAGCUUCCUGUGAGCUACACGAUGGACAUCAGUGAAUGAGAACUGCUGGACAUUUAGUGCACCUUUCCUUGCUUGCUUGAACUGGAACAACACGUUAUUGCAGAGGCUACUUGCCAUGAUGAUUUGGCUCCCUCUUUUGGUCAGAAAAAACAACAUCCACGAUUGGGUGAGAAGUAAAUGAGUGCUGCAAAUAAUGAUGAUGUAUUUUUUUAGACCAAAAACUCUUUCCACUGGCUUUUCACUGCGGAAAAUAAGCUCUUUGAACAUCAAAAGUUUAUGAUUCUGACACAUUUUAUUCAUCAGGAUAAUCUUCACAAGUGAACAACUUUCUGAAGGGGGUUUUACUGAUGCAUUUGAUGUUGUAGAAUAAAAUACAAAAACAUCAUGAGCUUGUGUUAAUUACAGACCUCGUUUCAUUUCUUAAAAAACCCACGGCAAAUGCUAAAAUGUAAAAACUCGUUUUCAGUUUCUGGGCUACAAAAAUUCAUAUGUGCAGUACUCUUUUGCUUGGUUGAGCUUCUAGAGGUUUAAAGAACUAUCGCUUGUACUAUUGCUCAUACGGGACAGGUCUGUGAUUUCAACAAAACUCCUAACCCUAAAAAAGUCAUAUAGCAAAAUUUCCAUGAAAUUUUACAGGCAAAAAAGGUCAAUUGUCUGUGUAGCGUUGUAUGAUGCACAGUUCAUUGUGUAUUUACAGUAAGUCACUUUCAAACCAAGCAUCUUUCUGUUUGUCAGUUCUUGCGAAAACCGUGUGGGGAAAUCUUUCUCCAUCACACACAUUUCCGAUGGAUUCCUAGUGAAAUGACGAAAAUUUGCAGAACAGUGGUAAAUGUAACUUGAUUAGCAUGUAACUUCUGCAUUAUGGACAUGAAUGAAAGCUUUUUCAAAGUGAUCAAACUUGCCCUUUUCACCUGGCGGAUGGUAUGAGAAACCAUAAAUAAGAAAUGAGAAAUGCUGCAGACUUGUAUUGAAGGAUGGACCCAAUUCGUCUGAGAUGCUUCGAUAUCAUCAGUACUUAAGGGUGAUGAAUUUUUUACUAGCUAUUAAGCAAACACAUGCUAUUGCAGAAUGCUAAGCUACUGGUCUUUGGAGAAGUGUGUGGUUGAACUUAGCAAAAAAGCCAAAAUUGUUAACAGCACAACACACUUCAUAGCCUUUUUGUCAAGGCAGCUGGUCUGAAUGAGGUCAGUAAGCAAAAGGUUUUAAUUUAAAUAGAUUAUGUGCAUGUUUUAAAUAUGCACUAGGAUGUACAGCAAAAAAAGUAAAGAUCAGGUUUUUCUAAAAUGUUUUAUAAAUAUUUUUUCCUUUAUAAAUACUACUCUAAAUAGUCAAAGCUACUCUUCAUUUCAUUCAGGGUGUUCUGAGGAAUAGUAUAUAUUUGUACUCAAGAAGUGUUUGUGGUGUAAUGACAGAAAAACCUCUCCAGGACUUAUAAUGGAUGUACGGUUUUAUUUUCAUGCUCAUUUGUAAGUCAAAAAGUAAAAAUGUUAUGGACACUCUGUACAUCUCUUUAAUAUACAGUCAGCCAAGCAAAAUAAAAUGAUCAGUAGUCAGAUAGACAGAUACAGUCUCACACGAGUGGUUGACAAAUGUGAUAUUUGAUGAAUGUGAUAGCAUUUUUCUAUUUUUAAUCACACUUUAUUUUUAGUCCAUUUUAAAUAUAGCUUUCUAAGUUACAGUUGAGUUUUUAUUUAUAUUAAUUGGUUUGGUACCCAGAAAUACCCAAGUCUGUCACAAUAGAAAAAGAAAACAAACAAAAAAAAAAUAGAAAAAAACUGUAAAACAUUUAUGAGUGUAAUAUUCUUCAGUGGAUUGUUCUUUAAGAAUUUACAUCAGUCUUCAGUUAGAUUUUUUAAAAAUAUUUUUUAACGCAAGUUUUUGAUGAUAGAGCUUGGCAUAACUAAAAUGUAUAUUCAUUGU